AUGAGCAAUGUUGAAUGGGACGCCAAAGUUGUCAUCGGACAGAAGGCCAAGGCCCCGAAGGUCACCCGCAACACGUCCGACCUGAAUGGUGAAGCAGGCGCCGUGGUCGGGACGGAGAAGAAGACGGCGGGUGGGGUAAACAAAGCCCAUCAGGGCACCGACCACCAGAAGAUCGCGAAGCUCGACCGCGAGAACGAGGUUGCCCCGCCAGCGAAGAUCAGCCCGUCCGUCGGCAAGGCGAUGCAAACGGCGCGGAUGGAGAAGGGGCUCUCGCAGAAGGACGUGGCGGCGAAGAUCAACGAGAAGCAGAGCGUGCUGCAGGACUACGAGGCUGGCAAGGCGAUUCCCAACCCGCAGAUCCUGUCCAAGCUCGAGCGCGCCCUCGGCGUCAAGCUGCGCGGGUCAGACAUUGGGAAGAAGCUGGAGGGGCCGAAGAAGUCGUAG